AUGACAGACCUUCUGACUCACUGUGGUCAAAACACUUCCCCUGAGAUCGUGUCGCUGCUCCAACGGGCUACAGCAAAAUCUUCACAAAGGCGCUGGAGGGCGGGCAGGAGGACCCGCCAAACCAGCCAGGCGUGGCUCCUCAACCCAUCUCCCCGGAAGCGCUCUCACCCCCAACCCAGCGAGCCGGAGGACGCACUGCUGGCACCGCUGGACUACUUGCCUGUGGUUUCUGGUGCUGGAAAAGACGCUUCCUGUCGGAAGGGUGUCCCAGGGCUAGGGCAGAGGAAGGGGUGGCGCAGGGAAAGCAAGAGAUGCCUGGUGGCUACAAUCCGGGAGUUCCGAGGAGUUUGGACCGCAGCGCCAGCGCAGAACACGGAGGAAGACUUAUCCACACCUCAUUACGCCGCAGUCCUCCUCCUGGAACAGCCUGCGCCCCGCCCACGUCUGCAGGGUGGUGCUCUAGGGCGUGGCUCUGCCUACACCAGGGGCUGCUGGGGGCCUCCAAACGGUCCGGCCUGCCAGGGACAGGGAGAGCAGAGAGACUUGAGUGACAGUGCCCGAGUCCGCCCGGCUGGUACCCAAGCUAUAAGCCACUUCCGAGAGCUGGAGGAGUGGGCGCAGGCCUCCGGCAAAAAGUUUGUUGAAGCUGCAGGAUCCGAGAGUGGCGCCAGAAGUCUGAGCUCUCCUCACCUCUCCCACCGAGAAAUCCACACCUCUGGCGCCGCCGAGGAUCCAGUUGCGGGGUCCAUCUCUCCUGAGACAGGUCGGCCGGCUCCUAGGCUCAGGAUAAGGACAAAGCUUAAAGUCCUGGUCCGCAUCUUUCAACCAGGUGGAAACUCAGGUCAUCUAAGGUAAGAACACGGCUGUGAAGGAGACGCUGAGCUCACACCGACUGUCCUCCUCCACUGUGUUCCCAGCACCCUCUCUCUUCUCAAGCAUGGCUGCCAGCUUCCUGAGAAGACGGUCAAAAACUUCAGCUAACACAAUGGUCUUGAAAACAUAACCCAAACAUCACUUAACCUUUUGGUGAUGAUCUGAAAGUCAUACAACCAUAGACACAGGCUGUCUACUUUCCAUCUGAGGCUCAAAGUUAAGCGGGGUGUUGUGGGGUUUAAUCUAGACUACAAUAAAAAUCCAUCAGUGUGCCGGGCGGUGGUGGCGCACGCCUUUAAUCCC